UCGUUUACUCCUUGCUUGAGUCUUGAAUACGAAAAAAAUAUUUGAUCCUGGCGUUCGAUCCUACUCUUUUAAUCGAAAACCGACUUACGUUAUUUCUUGGAAAUAAUACACUGCGAUGGAAUAUGCAAUUUGAUGAUCUGAAGUGAUGUGAAUACACAAAUCAAACAAGGAUUUYACAUGUUAUAGAAUUAAGCCGAUCGACAAAGGCUGAUAUUGCCACAAUGGAUAUCAACAUUGUUCCUUUUAUAUGGUUUUGCGUCAUGUAUGCACAGUCUYUUUGUGCUGGACCUGAAGGCCUGGCAAUACCAAAACUGGAAGAAAUUCUCCUCCUACUCGAGGAAUGUUUGGUGGUGGCUAUUUUUCUGCACGAUACACGAUUACAGAUGACAAUUUAUACUAUCCUUGGAGGUAUGUACAGAAACAUGUCAGCCGUUUACCUAUCACUGGGAAAAUACUACCAGGCAAUUGAAUAUAAUGACAAGAGGAUUGACAUAGCUAAAAAGGUUGGUGACAAAGAUGGAGAAGGUCGUUCUUACGGAAACUUAGCAUAUGCUUAUCAAGCAUUAGGGGAAUACCACAAAGCAAUUGAAUAUAAUGAAAAGAGGCUUACCAUUUCUGAAGAGAUUGGUGACAAAGAAGGAGAAGAACAUUCUUAUAUGAACUUAGGGGUCGCCUAUAGAUCCUUAGGGGAAUACCACAAGGCUGUUGAAURCCAUGAAAAAGGUCUUGAAAUUGCUAAAGAGAUUGGAGACAGACGAGGAGAAGGAAAUUUCUAUGGAAACUUAGGGGUCGUCUAUAAGUCAUUAGGGGAAUAUCACAAGGCAAUUCAUUAUCAUGAAAAUCAUCUUCGCAUAGCUAAAGAAAUUGGUGAUAGACAAGGUGAAGUAAAUUCUUAUAUGAACUUAGGAAAUACCUAUCUUUCAUUAGAGGAAUACCGAAACGUAAUUGACUGUCAUGAAAAGAGAAUUGAAAUUGUUAGCGAAAUUCACGACCAAAAAGGAGAAGAAUACUCUUACGCAAUGUUAGGAAUUGCCUAUGGAGCAUUAGAUGAAUACCACAAAGCACUUGAAUGUCAUGAAAAACAUCUUAGAAUUGCUAAAGAGAUCGGUGACAGAAGAGGGGAAGGAAAUAGCUAUGGGAACUUAGGAAAUACCUAUAAAUCAUUAGGAAAACAUCAAGAUGCAAUUGGAUAUCAUGAAAAAAGCCUUGAAGUUGCAAAAGAGAUUGGUAACAGACGAGGCGAAGGAAUGUGUUACAUUUCCUUGGGAAGUGUCUAUAGAUCAAUAGGGGAAUACCAGAAAGCAAUUGAAUACCAUGAACUAAGUCUUAUCAUUGCUAAGGAGAUUGGGGACAGAAAAGAAGAAGGAAGUUCAUAUCUAGGCAUGGGGGCUUCGUAUCAUUUUUUAGGAGAAUACCACAACGCUAUCAAAUACAAUAAAAUGAGCCUUGUCAUUGCCGCUGAAAUUGGUGACAAAAUAGGAGAAGAAGCGUCGUAUGAAGGCUUAGGAAAUGCCUAUCUGUCAAUGGAGGAAUACCACCAGGCAAUUGAAURUUAUAAAAAGAGCCUUGACAUUGCUGAAAGGACUGGGAGCAGACGAGGAAAAGAACCUGCUUACGCAAACUUAGGAAAUGUCUAUCGAUCAUUAGGGGAAUACCACAAGGCUAUAGAAUCUUACAAAAAGAGCCUUGACAUUGCCAAAGAGAUCAGAAACAGACAAGGGGAAGGAAGAGCUUAUGGAAACCUCGGAAGUGUUUAUCAAAUACUGGGGGAACACCAAACAGCAAUGGAAUAUCAUGAGAAGACCCUUGACAUUGUUAAAGAGAUUGGCGAUAAGCAGGGAGAAGCGAUUGCUCACAACAAUAUAGGUCUAUGCUAUCAAGAGGAAACAAGCAUUAAAGACCUUAGGAAAUCAAAGGAGCAUUUGGAAAAUAGCAUUGAAUGCUAUKAGAAGUUGUUUGAUGACCUUAAAGAAAAUGACCAAUUCAAGAUCUCCAUUGUCGAUACGUUUAUCAUAACGUACAAAGCGCUCAACCAAGUCCUUAUCGAAAGAGGAGAUAUCGAUAAAGCCCUCUUGGUAUGCGAGCGUGGACGAGCCCGAGCWUUGGGGGAUCUUUUGAGUUAUAAAUACAGCACUACAAACAUUACCAAGAACGCAAAGGUGAAAAAACAAACACUAGACCUUGUUGACAUCAAGACAAUUUUAUCAASCUGUGAUAGYUGCAUUCUUUUYUAUAAUCUUCGGACCAAAUUUUCUUCYGACGUCUGGGUUGUAGGUCCCCAAGCCAGAUCAAUCUACUUUUAUGAUGAAUUGACAAAGCGUGAAGAUUUGAAAAAGAUCUUCAACUCAGAGAAGUAUGUUGAUGACAUAAAAAACAUAGAAAAUGACUAUUUUCAGAAUCUGGUUCAUAACAGUUUUGAAUCUAUGAAAAUCAGAGAAAGUAUGAAAUGCGAGGACAGAUCCCUGGAAUCAUUCGAAUAUGAGGACAACGAUGAAGAUUUCUCMAAAACCGCUUCAAACUCCAAAAAAACCGAUAUGAAUGAUAAAAGUUUGAGAUGGGGGGAAGCAGUCUGUGAUGAGAUUGAUGAGGCCAUUCCAUUGGAAAUUCUGUUUGAUAGAUUAGUCGACCCUGUGCUGCACACGCUGACCCAAGAUGAGAUUAUCAUCAUUCCUGAUGGACCUCUGUUCAUGCUGCCAUUCGCUGCUCUUCAAGAUCCAAAGACAGGAAAGUUUUUAUCAGAAACCAAACGCAUCCGCCUGGCACCAUCUCUGACAACUUUGAAGAUUUUACAAGAAUCCUCGGAUGAAAAUUAUUCCAAGUCAGGGGCGCUGAUUAUUGGUAAUCCAGCCACUGGAAAAGUCAUGUAUAAAGGUAAACAAAGAAGCAUCACCUCUCUACCAGGUGCAGAGAAUGAAGCGAAAGAGAUUGGCAAACUACUCGGAGUACAAYCGUUGAUAGGAGAACACGCGACAAAGGACAAAGUCCUUCGUCAUUUAGAACAUGGGGUGUCGGUCAUCCAUUUUGCUGCACAUGGCUGUGAGGAAAACGGACAGAUCUUUCUCGCUCCUUCUAAACCUUCAACAACAAACAACAUUCCAGAGGAGAACGAAUACAUCUUGACUAUGAAGGAAGCACAAGACAGUGGAAUUCGUGCUCAACUCGUUGUGUUGAGCUGCUGCCACACUGGUCGGGGUGAGAUCAAAUCAGAGGGAGUCGUAGGAAUGACUCGAGCAUUUCUUGCUGCAGGAGCCCGUUCAGUUGUAGCGUCAUUGUGGGCCAUUGAUGAUCACGCUACCAUGCUCUUUAUGUUAAAAUUCUAUUCC